AUGGAGGAAGAGGUCAAUUAUUCCACUGUGGUUUUCAGAAAUAAUGGCCCAACACCAAUCAAGAAAAAAGAAGACGAGACAAUCUAUGCUGAAGUUAAAAAGAAAGGAGAUGCUGCUGAUAAAAGUACCCCUGUGCCAAAUGGUGGAACAGCUGCACACAUUAGGCGCUUUCGGCUGCUGGCUGCAUGCUUGGGGAUAAUUUGUGUUCUUCUGGUGGCAGCCAUCAUCACCAUCAUCCACUUCGGUGUGGUAGUUACUGAACAGAGGGCAAACCUCAGCAACCUCACAGCACAAAAUGUGGAGCUGAGGACGGAGGGGACGGUCUUACAGAGACGGAUAGGAGAGCUGAGCAGAGAGAAAGAGGAGCUGAACAGAGCGAACGACGGUCUUAACUGGACGCUGGGUGUCAUCUUUGGAUCUGACAGCUUCCCGGUAAAGAAAUACUGCCCACAGAGAGGACAGUGCAACCGCUGUCCAAAAGGGUGGCUUCUGUUUCAAGAAAGCUGCUACCUUUUCUCCGUUGAUGAUGACGUUUGGAGGUCGUGGCACGACAGCCGUUUGUUCUGCCAAGAGACCGCAGCAGACCUGGUCAUUAUUGGAAGUCUACAGGAACAGGAAUUCAUCAAUAAUCACACUGAGUACUACUAUAAUUCUCGUGGCUUCUGGAUUGGUUUGAGUAAAACUGAGGACAACAAAUGGCUCUGGGUUGAUGGAAGUAAUCAAACUCUGGGGUACUGGAAGACAGAGCCUGAUGUUAAACCAAAUUACUGCACGCUGUCGAUCCCGGGGAGGGAUCCCACGGUCAGCUGGGAUGAAUCUCGGUGCUGGGUGGUAAACAAGUUCAUCUGUGAAAGUAAAGUCCUCUUCAAGUCUGAUUAG